AUAUCCUCCUCGUGAAGAUCUCCAAGCUAGGUGAUAGCACCACCUCUCUUGGGAUCCCGUUCCAGAUCCUGGCCACCCUGACUGUGAAAAAUGUCUUCCUAAUAUCUAACCUAAAUCCACUCUCAACUAGUUUACACCCCUUAUUCCUAGUCACUCCCUGGGGCGCCCUAGUAAACAGCGCUUCCCCUAUCCCCUGUUGACCUCUCCUAAUAAAUUUAUAGGCGGCCACAAGGUCUCCCCUCAGCUGUCCCUUGUGAAGGCUGAAGAGAUUCAGCUCUCUCGACCUCCCCCGUAGGGUCUUUCCCGAAGGCCACGAAUCAUGCGAGUGGCCUCCUCUCGAUCUCUCCAGAUUCCCCGCGUCCCUCCUGAAGUGCGGCGCCCAAAACUGGACACAGCACUGCAACUGCUGCCUGACCAGUGCCACGUAGAGGGGGAGCGUCACCUCCUUUGAUCUGUCAGUCAUGCACCUGCUAAUGCACGACAAGGUGCGACUGGCCUUGUGGAUGGCCUCGUUACACUGCCGGCUCACGUUCAUCUUGGAGUCGAUUACGACUCCAAGAUCCCUCUCUGCCUCCGAGCUGCUGAGAAGGACACUCCCCAACCUACAGGUGUGCUGGGGGUUCCUCCUUCCCAGGUGGAGCACCUUACAUUUAUUUUUAUUAAAUUGCAUCCUAUUUCUCUCUGCCCAUUGCUCCAACCUGUCCAGGUCAGCCUGAAUCUGCUCCCUCCCCUCCGGUGUACUAACUUUGCCCCAUAACUUGGUAUCAUCAGCAAACUUGGAGAGGGUGCUCUCCACGCCCUCAUCCAAAUCGCUGAUGAAGAUAUUAAAUAAUACCGGUCUGAGGACCGAACCCUGCGGGACCCCACUGCCCACCUCCCUCCAGGCCGAGAAGGAACCAUCCACCACCAAGAGAAGGGAAGGGAGAGGCUCUCUCGAGAUGUUGGUUUAAUGAAAUCUGAUUCUCAAACCCCCCCGUGUUUUUCUGACACCAGGUACCCCAGGUCCCAGCCUUGAUCCGAGAACCAGAUGCCCUCAGUCCGUUGGGUUUCUUUUCGUUAUCUGUAACGACAGCAGCCUGCUGUCAACAAGGUUAGACAAACAACCUGCUGAUAACAUGACUUCCAGGUUGCUCUUUCCAAGGCCAGAGCCUACAGGUUGUUUGCCACCGGGCUCCUGCUCCAGACAAGUGCUGUGUGUGCAUGUGCGCGCUCCUUGGCAAUGACACCUGUCAUACAGUACUGCCUGAUUACGCAUCGGGGCCUUGGUACCAUGGUACAGGCUGGGUUAUCGACAUUGUUUAUCCUGUUUGGACAACCGAGAUAAGCCAGCUGCCCAGCCUGCCAUUCUGUCCCGUCCUCCUGGCCCUGGCUGGCACUUUCAUUGAGAAAACACUUCUUGACGCCACAUGAAGAACUCGCUUCCCCAGCCAAUCAGGCGAGAGUCAACUUGUUUUUUAAUGAAUGCUGCUUUGUCAAAGAGAGGUCAAGGGUGGAAGGGGGUGUUCCACUCACCGCCAGCGCCUUAUAAAUACCACUGAGCGUAGCAGCCAGAGGGUUGAGGCAGCUGAGCUCAGUGGAAGAGGCUGCAGUCGGAGAGCUUUGACGGGCACAGGAGUUCGCGGUUGUGCUCACAGACUCAGCCUGUCAAGUGCACCCAGAUCACCUCCUCCUUCAGAGUCAGUGGGAUCUGCUUGGUGGGCAGAGCUCUGAGUGCAGGCAGCAUGGACGUGGACUAUGAGAGAUGCCAGUGCCACAGCGAAGAGAACCGGAACGCCAUCCUCUAUACCCUCCUGAGCCAAAACCUGAACCACAAUCAUAGCCCAUCCCAGCAGCGCUGCCGGUGCCAGAAGCGUCGCACCGUCUGCCUCCAGACACCCCAGGUCACCUGCCAGGCGGCCUCUGAUGUCCUGGUGAAAACAGUCAGCUUCAUGAAGAACCUGCCCUCCUUCCAGCUGCUGCCCCGGGAGGACCAGCUCCUCCUGCUGGACAGUUGCUGGGCUCCUCUCUUCAUUCUGGGGUUGGUUCAAGAGAUGGUGACAUUCGACGUGAUGGAGACCCCGGCCCCCAGCAUGCUCAAGAACAUUCUCCUCAAUGGCCAGAGCAAGAGGCAGGAGCUUGAGAGGACACAACCCACCCUAGCCGGGGUGCAGCGGCUGCAGUGCUGCCUGAACACGUUCUGGAGCCUGGACCUGAGCCCUAAGGAGUAUGCCUACCUGAAAGGAGCCAUUCUUUUCAACCCUGACGUCCCAGGUUUAAGGGCCUCCUUGUACAUAGAGAGCCUCCAGCGGGAAGCACAGAGAGCGCUGCAGGAAGUUGUAGGACCGCUCCACCCAGAGGACCAGGGCCGCUUUGCCCGCAUCUUGCUGAUGGCCUCCACCCUGAAGUCCAUCUCUCCUGCCCUCAUCACAGACCUCUUCUUCCGCCCCAUCAUCGGCAACGCAGACAUUGUUGAGCUGAUCACAGAAAUGCUGUAUGAAAUAACUGCCAAGUGGUCAGCUCUUUCAUCACGCGUGGCAUGCUGAUUCUGCAGUUGCUUUCACAGGUGUCUCCUGCUCACCGAGCUGAGUGUCACAGGAUGGUAAAGUUAAUCUGAGAAUGGGACUUAGUGGAAAAAAAUUGGACAUUACUGAGAGCUGGCCUGGCAUGUGUCUUCCACUCAGACUCUGAUCACAGAUUCCUCAGCUAAGGCAUAAAAUCACUUCCUAACUUAACUGUUAUUCAGCAGAUGUUUACAUCGGGCCUUGCUCCUGGUACGACAGCAAACUCAGACUGCCAAGCUGUUUCUAAAAGUGCGUGUGCAUGGGAAGAUAAUGGUUCUGCUUCACUCUCCUGUAACUUGAAAACAGUUUGGCCAAAGCCCGUCAAACUUGCCAGACAAAAUCAUUCUCUGAGCUGAUACUUUCCAUGGCAAAUAUUCAGGUCAAAGUGCAUCAGUGGGAGAAAGGAGGGAAUUGAAAUUAAGGCUUCUAACCAGAGGAGGAGGUGACAGGAAGUUACAGCUUUAAAGUGUCAUAGAGCAUUGCCAUCACACAAAAAGAACGUGGUUCCUAGAUGUGCUUCCCACCCCCAGCACCUCGUCACCUCAGUGGGAGCUGGGAGCGCCACAGGAAAUGACCCUGCAGUACCGAACGGGUCAGAUCAGAGCACAAGCCAGACUCCGUGAGUCAGGGGACAUCCUGGUCUCACUGAAGUGAAUGGGACUUGAUCAGAACCGGGCUUCCCCUCCUCCAUUCCAGGUGCUGACGGAGAGAGAGAAAACAGGCUUUGGACUGAGCUCAGAUGUCAGUAUUUGUGAGCGAGUGGUCUUCUGUGAUUUGUACAUAAGUGGCAGUAAAUUAUUAUUUUUUUAAUAAAAUGAUUUAUGUUUUGGAA